AAUUCAGCAGUUUAAUAACAGAGUAAUAGAUACUAGGAGUGAAAAUACUACUGUAAAUGUUUGUAUGUAAUCUCCUUUGCAGCCGGUUAUCAGGUUAUCAACAACAGCUUUUGUCUCGAGAAGAAACACCAGCAACGCAUGCGUAGAAACCCGGCAAGGAAAAUACAACAUGAAAAAUGUGGCGAAUUCUCAGUCCUACAUCAACACGAAGACCUCAAUUGAAAGUGCGGUAYGUCAAUCCGCCAAGACGCCAUGGUAAACUAUGUCCACCAAGACUGGUUGCCAUUUACCUGUUGAUCAUUAUCUUGUUCUAUGUUUAUAUCCGUUACCAUGGUUGCCUGAACUGGUCUAACAAGGAAAAUCACGUGACAUUUAUAAAAGAUGAGAAAAACACCAAAAGUUUCAGGGGUGUGCAUUUGGCAGAUUUGGGCUUUGAUAAAUUGAGUGAAGCUAAUCAUGAACAUGCACUUAGCAAGGAAAUAAUAAAUCUUGAUGAUAAGUUGGUGCAGAAAACUGUACAGGCAAAUUUCAGUCAUGAAAGAAAAUCGGCUCAAAUGCCACGUUAUGAAACUACAGUUGGCGCAUACCAAGACAGUUCAAAAGACGACAAAAAAGAUUAUGUAACAAACAAUCUGAAAAGUGAAAAUGAAUUCCGCACUUUCAGAAGUCAAUGGAUGCGUUAUGUUCAAAUAGACUUUGAUUGGAGGAAAAAGAUGCAAUCUUGUAAGUCCGACAUGGCUUGGGUGUCCAAUAGGACAGCACACCAACAAACAAGCAUUUUAAAAAGUACUUUUUCUCCGGAAAUAAGACCAGCUAGGGAGUUCAGCUCAAUUUACAUUCACACGAAAACUACKCAUGGUCAAAGUAAAACCGCUGGAGGCGAUGCUUGGAGAGUUUACGUUAGAGGGCAGUCCUCUCUAGUUGCUAAGGUUAUCGACCAUAGCAACGGUUCAUAUGAGGCUCUCUUCUUCGUUCAGGAGCCUGGGAACUAUACAGUGCAAAUAAUACUGGACUUCAGUCAAUGCAAUGGSCUACGUGAUCCGCCUAGUGAUUGGUUUAUUCAAGGAAACGCACAAGGAAAGUACCAACAAGAAAACUUACUCGGUCCACUGAACGACUUCUUGCUUCARAGUGUCAAGCCUUUCUUGAUCAAUGUACCUGAGGCGCGUUUUGACUUUCUAAAAGAUAUAUAUGGAUCAAAGUGCAAACACAGUACUUGUAGUUCUCUAUGGAAUCCAUAUGGUCGCUGGAUCGACGGUCUUACUUGGAUACCUUACCUUAGUGACGGACCUGUGUAUCACUGGCAGACGGUUGGCCAAAGCAUUGCUCCGUCGGGUACCCUGUGGGUUUACGGUGACUCUGUGGCUAAAAACCUAGUUCUUUCAGCAAGAAAACGCGCGCUGUGCAACCAGCUUUAUGCAAAAUGCGAGUUUAGCUACAACUGGAUCUACCCAGUCCUUCACGGUGAACAAAGAGCAAUUGUUCUCAACAACGAUUUGGACUUUGAGGAAAAUCGUGUACUUGAAACAAUAAAACAGAUUUUCACACAACCAGACAUGAUGCAUAAUCCUAACAGCACCAUACUUCUCAACCUUGGUCUUCACUUCGUGAUGACUCUGAACUUUACCACGUAUCAAAGACUGAUAGAUCACGUGAUUGAUAUWUUUCGAAGUCCUGGYWACCAGUUCAAGGCGAAUGUAAUAUGGAARACAACGACUGCUAUUCACAAAGAAAAUGCAAAGCAAACAAAUUCGACGCAUUUCAGGUUCUUGACCACUCAGAGAAUAGAAUUGUUCAAUGCUUAUUCUACGUGGGUCAUGUGUCGAGCUGGGAUCCCUGUGGUGGAUGUCUAUCCAAUCACUUUGUCGUACCCAAACGGACCAAUCGACGUCGUCCAUUAUUAUGGAUUCGUGACGUAUGCAUUGGAGCAAAGACUAGAAGAGUACAGAAUGAAUUUGCAGAGAAGAGAACACUUAACUAAGAUUUGCUACGUAUAAAAGCUGUGUAUAAAGCUGCGGCAUAAUGAGGACCGGCCUAAAUUAAAAUGUCAAACUAAAUUAGCUCAAUACACAGGUAUAGUGUAUAAGAACUGGCUGCUAGAAUGAGCAGUUCAUAACAAAACACUAUCUCAAAAACAGCUCGUAACAAAAGAAUUUUAAAAUAGAACAAUAAAAAAAGAGAAACA